AGUCGAUCUGGUUUCGUGGCGUUCAAGAUGAGCUCGGAGCAGAGGGAGGAGCAUGGUUGCCGUGCUGCUGCAUCAGAUUCACAGCCAGUGUCAGCCGAGUACAUUCUUCAAGUGCAAAGUUUGAUAGAGCAGUGUCUAUUGCUCAACAUGAACUGCGACGAAUGCGUAGACGCGCUGUCCACGCACUCCAACGUGAAGCCCGUUGUCACACUCACAGUGUGGAACGAGCUCAAGAAAGAGAACAAGAGCUUCUUCACGGCCUACGAGAAGCACCAAGAGACCGGCAAGCACUGCCGAGCGCUGAUGGAGGAAAUGAGAAAGCUGCUUGUGAUUUCAAAGCCAAAUAUGAUGACGAGCAAGCGAACAAAAGAACAAAAGGGCUCUUGAAACGUAGCGGAAGAGAAGAAGAAUGGCAGGCUAUAUGUACUACAACGCUGGAGAGGAGCUCUUGUCCCUCUCAUACAACGCACACAGACACACAGAAGGUUUGUCGAAACUCUUGCCUUGUCUUGGCUUGGCCGUUCUACUUAAUUGCGUGGAUGUUUGAGUAUUUCAUUGUCUCGGCAAGGACGAAAGGCCUAUCUCUUCAUGCUUCGCCUCGCCUUUGCCACCACAAAUAUCUUACCACCACACGUUUGUCUCU